CUCUCCGCUAGGGGAAGCGAGGAAGGCGGGAUCGGGUUCCGGCGGUGACGUAACUUUCCGCUCCGGCGGCCUUCCGCUUGGGCGGCUGCUGGGCGGGGGCUGGGGGGCACUUUUGGGAGCUCCCGAGUCCUCUGCCCCCGGGACGCGCCAUGCGGUCUGUUAGCUACGUGCAGCGUGUGGCCCUGGAGUUCAGCGGGAGCCUCUUCCCGCACGCCAUCUGCCUGGGGGACGUCGACAACGACACGUUAAACGAACUAGUGGUAGGCGACACCAGCGGGAAGCUGUCUGUGUACAAGAAUGACGACAGCCGGCCGUGGCUCACCUGUUCCUGCCAGGGAAUGCUGACUUGCGUUGGGGUUGGAGAUGUCUGUAACAAAGGAAAGAACCUGGUGGUGGCCGUGAGCGCCGAGGGCUGGUUUCACCUGUUUGACCUGACACCCGCCAAGGUCCUGGAUGCCUCGGGGCACCACGAGGCCCCGGCGGGAGAGGAGCAGCGCCCGGCCUUCAAGCAGCACGUCCCCGCCAACACCAAGGUCAUGCUGAUCAGCGACAUCGACGGAGAUGGCUGCUAUGAGCUGGUGGUCGGUUACACCGACCGUGUGGUGCGGGCCUUCCGCUGGGAGGAUCUGGGUGAGGGCCCCGAGCACCUGGCAGGACAGCUGGUGUCCCUCAAGAAAUGGAUGCUAGAAGGUCAGGUGGACAGCCUCUCGGUGACCCCGGGGCCUCUGGGUGUUCCUGAGCUGAUGGUGUCCCAGCCGGGCUGUGCUUAUGCGGUCCUCCUGUGUACCUGGAGCAGGGACGCUGGGUCCCCGCCUGCCUCUGAGGGGGCCGCGGAGGGCAGUAGGGAGAGCCCGGCCGCCCGCGAUGUGGUGCUGCACCAGACGUCUGGCCGCAUCCACAACAAGGACGUCUCCACCCACCUGGUCGGCAACAUCAAACACGGACACAGCCCUGAGGGUGGUGGCUCGGGCCUCUUUGCCCUGUGUACUCUGGAUGUGGACCACCAGCUUUUCGCCCUGGAGAAGCUAGACGUCACGGGUGACGGGCGUGAGGAGGUGGUCGCCUGCGCCUGGGACGGACAGACGUACAUCAUUGAUCACAGCCGCACCGUCGUUCGCUUCCAGGUGGAUGAGAACAUCCGCGCCUUCUGUGCAGGUCUGUACGCCUGCAAGGAGGGCCGCAACAGCCCCUGCCUGGUGUACGCCACUUUCAACCAGAAGAUCUACGUGUACUGGGAGGUGCGGCUGGAGCGCAUGGAGUCCACCAACCUGCUCAAGAUUCUGGAGGCUGAGCCCGAGUACCGCAGCCUGCUGCUGGAGCUGGGUGUGGAUCCUGAUGACCUCCCUGCAGCCCGCGCCCUGCUCCACCAAACGCUCUACCAUCCAGACCAGUCGCCACCGUGUGCCCCCUCAAGCCUUCAGGACCCCACCUAGCUGGCCUUGCCCUCUUCAUGAUCUCAUGGUGGAGGAGAAUCAAGUUGAGCCUCUGCCCGUUUCCUGGUGAACCUCACCAUCGCAUCAGCCGGACCCUGGCCCUGUUCCAGAUCAUCCAGACACCCGUGCACACACACCCGCCUUCCCGAGCUCCCCGCUCUCACUGGAGAAAACAGACUGUGAGCAGGGAGCACACAGCUUUUGCACGGCCCCAGUACCCAUGGGAAAAGCAGGCUUGAGGCCUGGGGAGUGGUAGAGACAAGGGCUGCUGCACCCAUGCCGAGCUGCGUCUGUCCUGGCACCACUGAGUCAUGGCCAUGAGUAAUCACUGCCGCAUGGGGGACCCCCAUUGGACAGUCCGUGUCACUCCUCCCCGUGUUCCUAGCAGCCUUGGGGCGGCUCUCCUCCGUUCAUGGGCAGCUGGCCUGCCUCCUCUCCUGUGUUGCCGCAUUGGUUAAGGGUCGCUCUGUUCCACGGCCUUGCUCCCAUGUCCCCAGCCCUGAACACCUGCUCGUCUGGGAGCCUGCAGACGUUCACUGCCUGACGCAGGUCUGUGAGCUACACCAGUCAUCCCCGGGGCCAUGCGCCUUCCUUUUUUUUUGUUUGUUUUAAGAGAUUU